GCGGCGGCGGAGGAGGAGGAGGAAAGGAAAGGAGUUGGCCGGAGGCAGGUGGGCGGGGGGGGGGGGCGAGAGGAAGGAGGGCUGCGCGAGAGAAGAGGGUCCGGGGUUCAAGGAAAGGGGGCUGAGGGAAUGAAGGAAUGGAAGCCUUUACUGAGCUCCGAAUUGUCCUGCGAAACGUUUGGCCCCCGGGAUUCGGUAGGCGGCCCGCGAGUCGAGCUUUGGUUCUUCGGUAUCGAAGAGUUUGAAGGGGCCAGCGGGUGGGGGCCGCUGCCAUGCUGCCGGAUUUUCCCGGACGCCCGCCGUCACGUCAAAGGCAGAAUUAUUCUAGACUAAUAGCCGCACGCGAGAAGAAGGAAAGAGAGAGUUUGACUUUCUCCAUCACUUGUUGUAGGACCGUUAAACGCCAAUGGAAGUCGUUAAAAAAAAAACUGCAGCUGCGGUACUAAGGGUUCGUUAUUCUGACUGGUGUGUCAUUGGAAUUGAUAUGUUUUUGGAAGGCAGAGUUAAAGUAAAUGAUCAAACCGUCAAUUCUAGCAUGAGGCGGGCGGGGGGGCGGCGGCGGAGCAAAAUAACACAAUUUGGCAUCUGAACAAUUGGCGUCAUUGAUUGUAUUAUAAUUUGGUAUUGUGACAAUCAGGCUUUUAUUGGGUUAUUGCAAUUGGAAGCUAAUAAUAAAUUAUUAUACAAAAGAUGCCAUGGCCCUGAACAAGACCAGCUCUUGCCUUGCCUCCCAUUCCUCUUCUUGGAUGGCCUUCUGAAAACGGCCUGUAGCGUUGGUUUGGGGUCUCUAGGUGUACAUUAAUGUGCUAAAGGAUAUUAGUUUGCUAGUGGUGAAGCUUCCUGGACCUUAUCUUGGUGCAGCUGUUAUAGAAUAUUCACAAAAAAGAGGGAAUUUUGCCAGCAGUUUAUUUAAAUUAUUCAUUUAAAGAAGGAAUUUGUAUUCCAUGCUUCAGCCAAGAAAGGUUCCCAGACUAGCUUGCAAAUCACUAAAAAAAUAGAAGAAGAAAAAUGGCAGUACCUACCCUUGGGCAUGCAAUCUAUAAAAGUCGUAGCACUGAAGUAAAAUGGGUCAUGAGGGAGGAGGAAAUAAGCAAGCUUGGAUACAAAGUUGCCCGUCUCUCAGCUGUUCUAAUGAAGUGUUCCAACAAAACUUUCCUUUCCUCCUCUGCUGCAACCUGAUGGAAUGACUGCUGACUGGUGAUAGCUGAUGGAGUGGAGAACCUGGCUGCUUAACAGAGCCGACAAUUAGUUGCCGUGCACUGUUUCCCUUCCCUUUUCUACAAGGUGACCGGAAAGUUCAGUGAAUAGUCACAGAAAUUGGACAGCGAGAAAUAUUUGAACAUACAUACCUUAUAGGCCUUCAAAGCAGGCUUCCUCUGAUACAAUGCACCAUUGACAACAUCCGUAGAACCGUUGGAAACUUUUGGAGAAGUCCUCUUUUCAUACUGCUUUCUGUUCCCUUGUUAAACCAGCUUGGGCCUGUGAAAUGUUGGGAAAUCUGUGCCCUUUCAGUGCAGAUUUCAGUUUUGGAAAAAGAAAGAAAUCCAGUGGGGCCAGAUCGGGAGAAUAUGGAGGGUGGGACAAUUCAGUAAGCUCAGUAAUGAUUUCCUGUGGAAUGUGCAAUUCUUGUGCCAUCAUUAGGAUGGACAAACGCCAAUCCCACAUCAAUAACUCACAAACUGUUGGCAUUAGCCACAGUUCUGCUCGUUGACAGUCUGCCAGACGGAGGGUCAUCUUCAAUGGUUUGCCACCCUUCACGGAAAUGCUUAAACCACUCAUACACUGUCUUUUGAGUUACAGCUUCAUCUCCGUACACAACUGUGAGCAUUUCGUGGGUUUCCGAUGCUGAUUGUAUGUUCGAAUAUUUCUCACUGUCUGAUUUCUGUGACCAUUCACCAAAGCUCCCAGUCACACCUUGUAUUAACAGCCUGCUGAAAAGAAUUUUGCCAGGUGACAGCUGGCAAAGGAAGGGACGGUUUGCUAUUUAGUCCAGUUUGGGUACCUGGUUGUGUUAAAGCUCUUCAGUACACUUUUGAAGGCACACAGUUAGCCUGCUGUGCUCUCCAGGUAAAAAACAGCAAACCAAGCAUUUGUUGUGGGGAACAAAUAGUAUUAUUUGCAUUAGUCUUGCCCCAUAGGUGGCUUCCUUGUGCCUCUCACUCUCUUUCCUUGCUUCAAAAGCCUUUUCUCUCCCCUACCCGUAGGUGCAAAUACUGCCACAAAGGAUUUGACAGUAGGAUCAGCACAGGAAUUCUAAAUGGCUCGAGUUGGGAAGGAAAACUUGCAAGAAGUCUUGCCCCUUCCUGUGACAUCUGCAGGAGAAGGACGGGAGAAAAGUGCAUCGCUUGCUGCAGGUGCCCUGAGCAGCAGCAAGAUCCCAGUGCUGCGCAAAAACAGAAUCCCACGAGAGGUGAAGCAGUCUCGGCAGCAGCCACAGAAUAACCUUCAUCAGGUGAGUGUGGUGGAGCUGCCUUUGGCUUAGGCUAGGUAUUCCCUCUCCGAUUUGAGAAAAUUGUUACCUGUGUUGCAUCCUGCUUGUUGCAGCCUCUCACUCUUUCAGUGCUGGUAUUCACUUUUUAAUGAAAUGGUUUCUAGCCCUCGAGGUUUUCAGAACAAGCUUGAAAUCUGCUUGGAUGGUAGCUGCCGAAGGCUGCAAAUAGAAACCUAGGUAGAAUUUUCAGCAGUCGGAAAUGCCCUGUGCUGAUCUCCCAUUUCUAGAUCCUAUCCCCGCUUAGUUUGUCAAACCAGUCCUUGCAUCCCCAUUUGCUGUUUUGGAGCACUUUCCUUGCCAAACACUUCUGAUGUACAGCCUUAGUGCAGAGGGCUGUCAGCAUUCCCCAUAAGAACAGCCCUGCAGGAUCAGGCCCAAUGGCCCAUCUGGUCCAGUAUUCUGUUCUCAAAGCAACAAACCAGAAGCCUAUGGGAAAUCUGAAAGUAGGACAUGAGCACAAUAGUGCUCUCUUCACCUGCGAUUCCCAGCCACUAGUAUUCAGAGAUGUACUGCCUUUGAUAUUGGAGGUAGCCGUCGAUAGCUUUGUCCUCCUUGACUUUGCCUGGUGCUCUUUUAAAACCCUCCAAGUUGGGGGCCAUCGUUGCUUCUUGUGGAAGUGAAUAAGUACCUCUUAUCCACCCACUUUUUCAAUGCGUGCAUAAUCAUACCCUAUCUAUCUUAUCUAUCGCAUCUCCCCUUCCUUGCCUUUUAUCUAAAUCAGUGUUCCCCAAACUUGGGUCUCCAGCUGUUUUUGGACUACAGCUCCCAUCAUCCCUAGCUAGUGGGACCAGUUGUCGGGGAUGAUGGGAACUGUAAUCCAAAAACAGCUGGAGACCCAAGUUUGGGAAAUACUGUAUACCUUGGGGGUCUGGUUGUCCAGCAAAGGUAGUGCUGAGCACCGGGACUCAGGAGUUAUUGUUCUGACAAUAGAAUGGCCUCACUCACAGGGAGCCUGUCUUCUUCCCACUUGCAGUCUUGCCCUCUUCCAGAAUUCGGUGGGCCUUUCCUGAAUGGCGACAAGCCUUUUGAUUGGAACAUAGCACUGGAACGAGUAGAAUCCUUGUCUCUCUCCUUUUCUCUCUAGGCAUGUCCAUCCAACGCGAGGAGGAAAGGGAUCGAGAUGAGCAAGAUGCCUCACUCUGGUUUAGUACCUGAUGCUGCUGCGGUGGAUCCUGCAUCUGGGUUAAUGCCCAAGAUCCUUUCUAGAGAACCCCUAGGAGAGAUGCAUCUGAGCACAUCGGGUCACAGGAAUGAGGGUCACGUGCUCAAUGGCAAAGGUAUUGAUCACGACAGCAAAGGAUCUUCCUAGUGUGCUGCUGCUGCUGUUUCUUUUGGCAGAGAUGAAUCAUUGUGAACCAUGUUUUGCGAUUGGCCUUAACUUGAUAGAAUGAGCGGUCCAUGCUGAUGGGUUUUUGGCUGAGCUCUGGUUGUUUGGGCUCUGCUGCUUGCUAAAUCAUAAAAUGUAAGGGAGGUGAAUUGACCUCCGCCUGGGGACAAUGGGUAGCUGGAAUACGGCGCUCGAUGCAGAAAAUCUUGUUCUAUAUCCUUGUUAGGUGGUCUUGGCCUAACCUGCCUCUGAUGACUGUUGGUAAAGAUAAGCUGCUUUAGAGUCAUUGUGAAAAGCCCUUGAUUCUAAUGUAGCACAAAUAAAGAUCUUGAGGUAGAAAGGGUGGUUGCGUGGCUAUCAGCCUUUUCUGCAUAUUCACUGUUUUACUACAAAAAGCAUGUGCCACCUUGCUCAGUUCCUUACAAGGAUAACCUGAAACACACACACACACACACACACACACACACACACGAAGGUGCAACAGGGUGCUUAAACUGCGGCUGAUCACAGCUGAGAAGACUCAUUAUUGGUUUUGAAAGACCCGAUGUCUUUGAAGGGAAAACAAAAUUGCAUGUUUGGGUUUUCACUAGUGGAUUAAUGCAACUUCCCUGCGACGGAGUGAGCUCCUGUUGCUCUGUCCCAGCUCCUGCCAACCUAGCAGUUCGAAAGCACACCAGUACAAGUAGAUAAUAGGUACCACUGUAGCGGGAAGGUAAACAGCGUUUCCAUUCGCUCUGGUUUCCGUCACAGUGUUCCGUUGCGCCAAAAGCGGUUUAGUCAUGCUGGCCACAUGACCCGGAAAACCUGUCUGUGGACAAACACCGCCUUCCUUGGCCUGAAAAGUGUGACGAGCGCCGCAACUCCAUAGUCACCUUUAACUGGACUUAACCAUCCGGGGUCCUUUACCUUUUUUUAUGAAGCUACUCAAGUGGAAAAAGGGUUUGUUUCUUAGGUUGGGAUAUCUGACGGAGGAAUCAAACUGGGCCGUUUACCAGGCAACCUAUGAGUGUGAAUAAACAGCAAGGUGGUUCUAAUAGCUCCCUGUGCUCAUUUGCUUCAGCUAUUUAGAUUUAAACCAGUUUCUCAACCUGCAAUGAUCUCUAUCCUAUUUUAACCCAUUUUUUAGUCUGUAAAAAAGAAGCAAAAACACCUAGUUUCUCCUUCUGCACUGUACCAUGCUGUUUGCUUGUGACAGACUAUACUCUGGAUGAUCUUAAACUUAAAUCCCCUAUUGGGGAUCCUGGUAUCAUUCUUGGACUUGGCUCUUGCCAUUUUGAGGACACGUCCCAUGCAGGGCUAGGAGAAUAUUUCAGAGCUUUGGAGACCAGCUUUGAGGUAUGUGGGUUGACCAACCGCAUUGGAUUACCCAUCACCACCGACUACACUUACCUACUUCUCUGUGCUUCUGAUAUGAUCCCCAAACAUUUUUUUUUCCUUGCAGAAGUGAGCACAGUUGAGUUUGUGCCAGAUGUAGCGGCUCUUGCCAGCAUCCUGUCCAACACAGGGCUGACAAACCACAUGGUAAGUGCAGCCCACAAGCCCAGCCUGGCCGGACGAGUUCCUUUAAGAGGGAAUAGAGCAUGCUCAACCAUUGUUGGGGUAAGUCUCUACUGUAUACAUCAGUGCUGUUGUGCAUUUGUGUGGCGUGUGCUUGUCUGCUGUGUUGAAAUGGAAUAGAUCAGGUUUUCCCAAACUUGGAUCUCCAUCUGUUUUUGGACUACAAGUCCCAUCAUCCCUGACCACGGGUCCUGCUAGCUAGAGAUGAUGGAAGUUGUAGUCCAAAAACAGCUGGAGACCCAAGUUUGGGGAGCACUGGAAUAGAUGUAUGUAUCCAGCAUGUGUAUGUACGUAGUUUAUACCUCUAGGCCUGGGGUGGAGAACCUGUGGCCAUCCAAAUACCGCUGGGCUCCCCUCAACUUCAUUCUUGUCCAGUGGGCAGGUUGCCAGGAGCUGGUGGAAGUUGAGAGUUCAACAAUAUCUUGAGUUAGGCCACAGGGUCUCUCCCCUGCUCUGGGCAAGAGCUCUGAGCUUAGGGAGGUCUUUAGUUUAUCUUCCACAGGGCCGGCCCACUCAUAAGGCAAGGCGAGGCAACUGCUUCAGGCGGCAGGAUCCACAAGGGCAAAGGCAGAUUUAGGAGAGCACGACCAGUUUGGUCACAUUGGGUGUGGAGCCUCGAGGGUGCUGCAGAGGGCGCCACAACUAUGAUUUAGAACGAUGGAGCACGCUAUGUUGAACUAUGGAGGGUAAGAGGUGGGAGCAUCAAAUUUUGGCGUCUCACAGGGCUGAAAUUUCAUCACACAGCUGAAAUUUGAGACUUGCCCGGUCUGCCACUGACAGGGGCAACGGAUGCCAGUGUAGAUCGAUAUUCCCUCUUGUUCCUGAUGUAGACGUUCUCCCAUCCCUUCUUUCCUGGCAUGGAGCGGGGCACCAUUUCAUGGUUCGCCUCAGGUGCUAAAAUGUCUUGGGCCGACCCUGCCCUUAUUGCUCACGAGAUGGAGCUUUCAGUGAAGGAAAUUCUGCUUGACCAUCUGCUUCUGUCUGUCUAUGUCUGUGUAUGGAUUCAAUUCUGACUUACGUUUUGUGAUUUCGGCUUCAGUGCUGUGCUGUUGUGCACUUGUGUUUAAUUUUUGUGUGCUGGCAUUUAGGCUUGCUAAAAUGUUUGUCGAAACCUGUUCUUAAGGCAUCUUUAACAACUUUUUGUCGGAAGCGUUAUAUAAAUAGCGAGAACUGACGGGCUGGCCCAUAGGGAUGUGAACAAAGUAGUCAGUCUUCGUAUUGGGAAAGGUGUUCCAUGCUGGUGCUAAAGUCACACAACCAUUAAGCAUAACUCUGUCCUGAUUUUACACUGUCUUGGGUCUGAGCCUGCCCAUCCAGCCUAGAUGCAUGCCUUGCUCUAGUUAGCCAUUUUCUCAAAGCUAUGGAAGCUAUUGCAUGGGGUCCUGGUGACUGUAAUGUGGGGAAACAGGCCUAGCAUUGCAGUAACUUGGAAAUACUGGACUUCAUUUUCUUGGGAAUGCUGGACUUCCAUUUCUCUCUCCUUGUAGACUGGUCGAGGAUCGUUAUACACAGGGGCUUCUGCAGCAAAUCUUCCUCGCAUGUCGUACAUCUCCAGAUCAGCUUCAAAAGGUAUGACUGAAAUUGGGUUUCUUUCUUGGCACCUGGGAGAACAGGGUUUAGUCAGGCAGAGUCUUCAUGCAGUGCCUUGUGUUUGCAAUCUGGUGGGACUUUGAAAUAUUCAAAACAAAUGCUUAUGGGUGUAGAGAAAUUGCUCUCAAAUGACAAAUGAAACAUUCCCCCCCCCCCCGGUUUCCUUAAAAAAAAACUCUCUUGUCCCACAACAGAUGUGAAUCAGCCACAGUCCUCGAACACUCAGCAGCUUAAGAUGCGGUUGGCUACAUUUGAGAACCCUGGGCCUCGGGUAGGUAACUGAUGCUUUUCUUCAUUUUUUCUGACAACCUGGUGGCAACCCUGGCAAGGAAUGCUGGGAUUUGGGAAGGUGUGAAAAAGGUUGAAAAAGGUUGAACUUGCCUCUGAAGAUGUUUGCUUUGGAGCUGCUGAGCUAGCCAAUAAAUGCAUACAGUCGUACCUUGGUUAACGAACACCUUGCGACGCUUCCAAUUGGCUGCAGGAGCUUCCUGCAGCCAAUUGGAAGUUGCACCUUGGUUUCUGAACGUUUUGGAAGUCGAACGGACUUUCGGGAUGGAUUUCGUUUGACUUCCGAGGUAGCACUGUGUAGGCUUGUGGUUGGAAGAGCCCCUGGCAAGCAAGAAUUGGGAUUGUGUCCUCUAAGCAUAAGGCAGGGUGGGAGAUCAGGGUGUAAUGUAACGGAUGCAAACUUGACCAUCCGUCCAGACUUUUUUUUUUUAACCCCUAAAUCCUCCCCACCAGAAGUCCUGCCCAAAGUGGGUACUGAGCAUUUCCACUAAAAUUAUUGUUCCAAAGUGGCACCAUAUGCAGCAGCAUUUUGUAGGAAACAUUGCACUUUCUCAGUGGAUAUUGCUGGGAGGGCUCCUCUCUCUCUCUCUCUGUUGCACACAAACGGCUUAGAAUACUUAACUCCUUCUCCAGGGUAUUAAGGGGAAGAAAACUUUAGCAUGUUUUGAAAGGUGGUAGUUCUAGUCGUUUUUGCAUCCAGUCCUGGUUGCUAGCACACCUAAGAACACACACUACCCCUGAUGCUGUUUGUGCUUCUUACACUUUUAAAUAAUUGUUCUGCCCUUCAUACAAACUUUAGUAGAGGACCGUUCUCAACUCCACCUUUUAGUGUGCAUUGACGGCGAGGUCUGUGGACAGCUGUAUCUGUACCUAUGACCCCCUGCCCAAAGCUGAUAGGCUUCCCUUUUAACCUGGCAAUGUGUUUCUGUAUGCAGAGGCGUAUCUCGGGGGGGGGGGGGGAGAGGUGAACUGGACUCCAUACUGCGGGGUGCACCCGAGCCACGCGUCCAAGCCAAGCGUCUCUCCUGGGACUGUUACUGCGCCCGAGCCACGCAUCUCUCCUGGGUGUGACGCGGGCUCCACACGGCCCGAAACAGCAGUGGGGAGCUUCGGUCCUCCCGCUGCCUCGCCCUCAGCUGCACUACAGUGCUUCCCUCCUCCCCGUGCAUGGUGCCCACGCCCCCCUGGGCUCCCAAGCAGCUAGCUACACCGCUGUUUGUAUGGCUAGCCCUGUUGCGUGAUUGCUGUCUUGCCUGACUUUGUGCCUCUUUCCUCUGGAAUAAUGCCUGGGCGCUGCUUGCCUUGCAUCUCUGACUCUAUUUGACGUCUGCUUCAGGUGGAGGUGGUGAAGCCAAGCCGACCCACGGAGAACCCGGGAGCGGGCAAGCCCCAAGAUUCUGCCCCCAGGCCCGAGGCAGAAGGUCUGAACGGCACGGUGGAGGGGGGCAUUGCAACGCAAAGGUGAGGAAAGAACUGGCUGCUCAGUUGGGGCGGCAGCUUGCGUCAUUUGUGAAACACAAGGGUAUUGUGAAGCCACAAGGCACAGCGAAUAAAAAAUUCUGUUGUUCUGCUUGCCUUGGUUUCCCAAUAUUUCUCGGGGUGGUGGUGGUAGGUAGGGUCCCCAUCUCCCUUCUCGCUUCCACAGCAAAGUCCUACAUUCCAACUCUUCUGUACUCCACCUUCUUUCGGGAAGAUGCUCACCUUGCCUGCACUUUUCAGAUUGAUGUCUACAGCCAAGGUUACAGAGUGUCUUUCGUCCUUGAUCAGUAGGUAUGGGAAGAAUGUAAAAGUUUGUGACUUGUUCCUCUCCGAAUCGUGCCUUUACCCUCUGCCAAUAAUACAUCCCAGCAUAAAUCCACGGUGUGUGUGUGUGUGUGAUUGUUGUUGUGUCCUUGUAAAGGGGGAUGCCAGCAGACAGGUAUUCCACAUAUGUUGGCUGUUUUGAGGCUUGUGUAACCUUUCAUUCCUGUCUGCUCUUAAAACAGUGACUCGGCUGGGAAGAAGGAAAUCACAGGGACACCAUGGAAAGGUGAGUGGCCGCACCAUCAUUCUUUUCUGUCCAGACACAUAGACGGGUGUUUGCGUACAUUAUGCAAAGCUUUGUUAGACAGCUUUCACACAUGCCCCAGACUCAUUCUCACAGCUUGGUUGGUCUUGUAACACAAGUCGGCCAUUUUUCAGUGAAGCUGUAGCAACUUUGCCUGCCUUCUCCGAUUGUACAACCUGAAUCGGAGAAAGAUACAGUGGUACCUCGGGUUAAAUACUUAAUUCGUUCCGGAGGUCCGUACUUAACCUGAAACUGUUUUUAACCUGAAGCACCACUUUAGCUAAUGGGGCCUCCCACUGCUGCUGCGCCGCGCCGCUGGAGCACGAUUUCUGUUCUAAUCCUGAAGCAAAGUUCUUAACCCAAGGUAUUAUUUCUGGGUUAGCGGAGUCUGUAACCUGAAGCGUUUGUAACCUGAAGCGUAUGUAACCCGAGGUACCACUGUACUUUGAACCCUUGCUUCACAAGACAUGAUAUGGGUAAUAGAUUAUUUUCCAAACUUGGCACAUUUAAUUCAUUUGACAGUUUAGUGUUUAAACUGUUAACAUACACCCCCAACCUCUCUCACCACCAAAGAAAUACAACAAGAGAACCCACACAAGUGACACUGAUGCAAAACCCCACACGUAUACCUAAGCAGAAGAAUAGAAGCAUUGCCACCUGACCCCACCCCACUCACCAUUCCCCCCCCUUUUCUUUCUUCCUAACUUAACAUUGUAUGUAAAAAAUGUAAAAAAAACCAUACACGCUGUCAUUCCCAGCUGAUUCAUGCACUGUGCCAUCAGCCAGAACAACUUCUCCUCAAGAGCCUAUGCCGUGCGUAAGAAUAUGUUCGUCACAGCACUGUCCAAAAUCCAGCACACUCCCCUUUUAGCACACCAACAGGCUUGCAUUCUUGCCCACUAUGGGUGUAGAUAAAAAUUUGAUGGCAAGCGUUUGCAGUAGGGCUGGGAGAUAUUCUGGUUUCCAACACUGCAAAAUAUCUCCAUUUAAACAUUGCGAUAUACCGAUACAUCACAACGUAUGAAAUUAGAAUGGAGCUAUGUGGAGGCAAAUGGUAGGGCUGGGUGAUACCUGGUUUUCAACUUCAUGUUAUAUCACCAGCGAGAUAUACUGAUAUAUUACAAUGUCUGAAAUAAGGAUGGAGCUAUGUAGAGGCAUUGGCUGGCUUCACGGUUUUUCCUGCAUUGUGAUUUUUCCCAUUCUUGUGAUUCGCUGCCCCCCACAUGAGAAAGGGGACUGCUGAGCCGUCAGAAUUAACAGAGGCUGCAGGAAUUGAGAGAAGCAUCGUCUGGCUUCAGUUUUUCCCACAUUGUGAUUUUCGCACACGCGUGCACAUACACACAGCACUAUUUGUGUUGUAUUGUAAGCUUAAAGACGAUGAAAUGGAUAUCACAAUAUAGACUUCAAACUGCUUUUCGAUGACCUAUUGAUAUAUCACCCAGCCCUAAUUAGCAUGAAAGUCAAAAACUGAAAGAUAGAGCUUGCGUGUGCAUUUUGAUAAUAAUGGUCUCAGCCGUAUUCCUUACCUUCAGUUGGCAUUCCAUGUACAGUGCCUGAAUUGCCGCUUCAUGAAAUUCUCAUGUCUUGCUGAGAACAAAGCAUGCAAGUGGGGAAUAACACAGAGCAAAACCAAACUGGUUAUAAAGGCUGCGCGACCUGCUUCGCAGAGAGCUGUUCUUGGUUUCCUUUGGAAUGUGAACAGCAGGAGCUAAUGGUGAGGCUGCCUGCCUGCUUGCCAACUUUGUCCCUUGUAUUUGCAGAUGACGGGUUCGUGCCCGACCCCGCUGCCAAAGCUAGCAUCCUGUUGAACAUCGGCGUGAGCCAUUCGGCCCUAAGGGCGACUGCCGAUCUGAGCACUAGGGUGAGCAGAGUACAGUAUUGGAGGUCUUGAUUUCUGUAGUGCCCUCCCUGUCACCAGGUGUCUGUCCCAGUUUCCACUGCUGGGUUCAAUGCCCAGCAACAUGCGCUUUCCUCUCACACUCCUCUACUUCCUGGGUGGGCAUUGCUCCUAGGUGGGCAUUCAGGUGGCAAGAGGCAGCUGCAAUCUCCAGAGGGUUGGUGGAACAAUCCCAAGGAAGGUGUCUGGUGUGAAACAGCUGAGGAUGCCCAUUGGCAUUCUGGAAUACAACAAGUGGGACCUUGCUCUGCUCCUUGCUGCUGCUGUUGGCAUCCAUCUGUCUCAAGAGUUAAUAGAGUGAGCCUCUGGGGGUGAAGUCAAGCCACUAUGUUUGCAGAACCGAAGCGACCUCCCUGGGGCACAAGCCUGAGCAGUGUGCAUGGAGAUCCUGGGCUGCCCAGACGGCAAGACCACCAAAGGAAAGCAGAGCAAUACAUCGGUCACCAGCUGGGCUGCAGGAGUUGCCAGAAGGAGGUGUACAAGGCACCAUCCAACUGUCUUAGGGACUCCACUCUGGAUUUCUGUGUAGGGUUUACUCCUUAGCCUUCUCCACAGGAAAUCCCGCAAGGCAGUAGAGCUUUAGGAUCAGAGUUUUCCUUCUCCUAGAUGGGCUACCUUCCCAGGCUAUUGAGUCCCAUCUAUCCCUCACUUCCGUUUAUAGCCCAUGCAGAAACUGCCUUCUUGUCUGUUGGGCCCAUUAUUGGUCUCAUCUGCUCAAUCCACCAGAGCCUGUCUUCGCAUGGAGGGAAAGUCCCUAACUCACUGGGGGUUUGAGACCCAUCGGCUACCCCAUGGGUAGGCAAACGAAAGCCCGGGGGCUGGAUCCGGCCUAAUCGCCUUCUAAAUCCGUCCCAUGGACGGUCCGGGAAUCAGCGUGUUUUUACAUGAGUCUACUUAUUUAAAAACGGGGACGCUGGUGGCAUUGUGGGUUAAACCACAGAGCCUAGGACUUGCCGAUCAGAAGGUUGGCGGUUCGAAUCCACGCGACGGGGUGAGCUCCCGUUGCUUGGUCCCAGCUCCUGCCCACCUAGCAGUUCGAAAGCACGUCAAAGUGCAAGUAGAUAAAUAGGUACCGCUUUGGUGGGAAGGUAAACGGCGUUUCUGUGCGCUGCUCUGGUUUGCCAGAAGCGGCUUAGUCAUGCUGGCCACAUGACCCGGAAGCUGUACGCAGGCUCCCUCGGCCAAUAAAGCGAGAUGAGCGCCGCAACCCCAGAGUUGUCUGCAACUGGACCUAAUUGUCAGGGGUCCCUUUACUUAUUUAAAAUGCAUCUCUGGGUUAUUUGUGGGGCCUGCCUGGUGUUUAUACAUGAGUAGAAUGUGGGCUUUUAUUUAAAAUGUAUCUUUGGGUUAUUUGAGGGGCAUAAGAAUUCGUUCAUUCCCCCCCCCCCAAAAAAAUAUAGUCGGCCCCCCACAAGGUCUGCGGGACGGUGGAGCGGCCCCCUGCUGAAAAAGUUUGCUGACCCCUGGACUGCCCUCACCUGGUUUAACUGGCCAGUCAAAUCCAUAUGUCUGGAUUUUCCCGGACAUGACCGGGAUUUCAAAGGUGGAAUUGUCGGGGGGGGGGAUUUCUGAAACGUGGUGCUUUGUCCUGAGUCUUAGGCAAAUUAAUUGCAAAGGUUAAAAUAAUAAUAAUAAUAAUAAUAAUAAUAAGAAGAAGAAGAAGAAGAAGAAGAAGAAGUGGUGACCCUUAGGCUGAAAAAGGAUGCCCCCCCCCCAGUCUAAAUGGAUAUAAAAACAGCUGGGCACACUGGUCCACCACCGGCUGGCUACUGGAUUCUUUGUCUGCUCAACGCAGUUUCCCGACAGUCUUCCUGCAAAAGUACUUUCUUAGUUGUGUACAGAGUGACCCUGGGGAGAUAGCUGGGUAGGGGGAGACCUUCUGGGAGCAAGGUUUGCACUGUUGAGAGUUGCAAACUGAUUGUUUCUUUUCCUCUAGGGGGAAAGUGUCUGUUUACCAUUGCCCUGCACGAGUGUGCGCUCAACGGAAAAGUUUGGGCGUGUGUCCUGCCGCUCCACACAGCGUCUUAAAGGUAUACUUAACAGAGGAGUUGCUUGGGUGUUUGUCCUCCUCGUGGCUGCUUGGAGUUGCAAGUUCCUGGUAUCAAAGCACAUGGCUUAUCAUUGAUUUUUCCUAAAUCAAAAUCAAAUAAGUGUUGGAAAUGUAAAGAGAAAGAAGUUUCUUUUUAUCAUAUGUUGUGGUCUUGUAGUAAGGCUAAAGCUUACUGGGAAAUGAUAUAUAAUGAAUCGAAAAAGAUGUUUAAAAUAAGGUUUGUAAAAAACCCCAGAAGCCUUCCUUUUGGGAAUUAUCGGGAUUGAACUACCCAAACUAUAUUGAAAUUUAUUCAUGUAUGCAACUACAGCGGCAAGAAUGUUACUUGCCCAAAAAUGGAAAGAAGAAGAAGUCCCAGUGAAAGAAGAAUGGAUACAAAAACUUAUGGAAUAUGCAGAAAUGGCGAAAUUUACCAGAAGAAUAAGAAAUCAAGACGACAAACUUUUUAUAAAAGAGUGGAAAUGGCUUAUUGAAUAUUUACAAAUAAACUGUAAACAUUGGCAGGAUUAUUGUAACAGCUUGCAGUUUUAUAAGAGUAUACGAUUAAAGCAGAUGAAUAAAUGAGUAAAUUAAGUUAAUUUGGAAUAUGCAGAAAAUAGAAAAAACAAAUUUAAGGAAGCACAGAAAGAGGGGGAAGGAAGUUGAGUUUUGAAAUGCUAAAAUGAUUGUAAAAUUAUUGUAAUGUAUAAAACUGAAAAUCAUAAAAUAAUAAUAUAACUGGUCCCCCCCCUCUUCUGUCCCAUUUCACAGGUCUGCAGAAAUUGGAAGCUUCUGAAGCCCAGCUAGCCAACACACCAGGCGGAAGAUGUUCAGCUGCUGACCAUACCCCCUAUGGAUUAGCUCGGAGGGUUCCCAUUGCUUCCCCGCAAUCCUCGGUUUGUGCUUCAGGGUUGGCGAGGUUGCCUGCCGCUUUGUUGCUAAAAGUCUUGCCCAGAAGUCUGCAUCCACUUCCUAGCUAGCUAUGGGCAUGUCCUGGAAAACCACCAUUUGUGUUGACGCUGCUGGGGUGAAACAGGAGGGAAAUGUAGCUCUGGUGGGCUGGGAGCAGAGAUUAGUUACCAGCCCUAUCCUUUAUUGUCUUGGGCUUAAUAGUCUGAAACCAGCAGACUGUGCAUCAUCCCUGCUGCUGGCAACAUAUAUUACCUAUGCCAAAAAACAUCUGUGCUGGCUUCCUGUGUAAUUUCAGACACAACUGGCAGUUUGGGUUAAAAAACCCCACAGAAAACAUAAAGCCCUAUAUGCCUUGUACCUAGGGUGCCCUACCUGUGCCCUUUUGAACCUGUCUGGCCAGUAAGAUCAUUUUGAGAAGCCCUUUUCCAGGCGCCUCCCGUUUUCAGAGGUUAAGCAGGUGGCAACUGGGGAAAUAGGGCCUUUUCUGUGGUAGCCCACUAGCUAUGGUGCAAGCUCCCCAGAAAUGCUUGACUCUCAACCCACUCUCAUGUGUUUUGACCGCCUGGUCCCUUUUGCAGAGGCUCGUAGUGAAUAAGAAUAGUUAUCAUGUUUCUCUGUUUUUCUUUUAAUCAGCUGAACUUCAUUGUGAUUAUCUUAUUGUUGGAAAUGAAUGGCAAGGCAGAGUGGGAAAGAAAUGUUUUAAAGUGGUGCAAGAACCUGGGAGCUGCCUUAUCCUGAGUCAGCCCACUGAGCCACCUAGCCCCAUGUUAUCUAUUGUGCCUGGCAGUGGCUCUCUGGGGUCUGGGGCAUUGCCCCUUAGGAUCCUCUUAACUAGAGAUGGCAGGUAUUGACUUUUGCAUGAAGAAUGUAUGCUCGACAGUUGAGCAUCUUCUUUCAUCAUCAUCAUCAUUAUCAUCAUAAUUUAUUAUUUAUACCCCGCGCAUCUGGCUAGGUUUCCCCAGCCAGUCUGGGCGGCUUCCAACAAAACACUUAAAUACAAUAACCUAUUAAACAUUAAAAGCUUCCCUAAACAGGGCUGCCUUCAGAUGUCUUCUAAAAGUUUGGUAGUUAUUUUUCUCUUUGACAUCUGGUGGGAGGGCGUUCCACAGGGCGGGUGCCACUACCAAGAAGGCCCUCUGCCUCGUUCCCUGUAACCUGGCUUCUUGCAGUGAGGGAACCGCCAGAAGGCCCUCGGUGCUGGACCUCAGUGUCCGGGCAGAACGAUGCAGUUGUUAGUUUCAUCCUUUUUCAAGUUAUGUGCCUUGCUGUUCACUGUGACUCCCAUUGCUCCAUCUUCUGAAUACUUUCUCUUAUGUUGGACCAGCAUCGCAGUCCCUGGAUACGGAACCGGGCGCCUGUUUCUUCCUGCAUUAAAGCUAAGAAGGUGGGUGCCCAAUGCUUAAUCUAAACCAAGUAGGAGGGCAGGAACUGAUACUCUAAAAAUGCUCAGAUAAUGAACUAUCUGAGAGUCCUUUACCAAAAACCCUCUGAAAUGUCCCAUUCCUACUGCUGUGAGCAGGUAUUGGAAUCCUUAGUAAGUAGGAUGCUGAGCGAGAUGAGCGCUGCAACCCCAUAGUCGCCUUUGACUGGACUUAACCGUCUAGAGGUCCUUUGAUUUUUUUACUUCUUAAAGGUCCCUGAUUACCACUGACCAUACCAAUUCCUGGGUAAGUCAUAAGACUUGCCGUUGUGGAAUAGGCAUUGUAUAUACUUGAGACAAUCUGUUUUCUGGGGGCCAGUCGUUACAUGGCCGAAACAGCAGCAUAGGUGCCGAAGAAAGACGUGUUAGCAGGUUUAAAGGAGCGUUGGCAGAAAUACAAAAAGGAAAAACAAACCUAAAGAGUUGGUGGAACAGCCCCACGAAGACUGAACAUGCUUGGUGGCUGUGGAAUGAUGAGUGAUUGACCGGAGAUUGAAGCGGAAGACCAGGUGGGGAAUGAGAAAAUCAAAUACAGCAUCCUGAAUAGGGUCACUCAACACUGCAAAAUGUUGUUGCAAGUUGUUAUCCAUUCUUACUCAUUCAGCAUCUUGCUAUGGCGGGCAGAUUCCUCAGUGGGCUCACAAGCACAGCAGCAUGUGAUACGUGAUGGUGCAUAGCCUUUAUUCUAUACUUUCUGGAGGGUGGGGAUCCUAGAGGGAGGCUGUAUUUUUGCCCUCGUUUUUACCCACCAGCAAACUCAUCUGCCACGUACUUGAAUUUUUGCUUCUUUCUUUAAAUGCAAAAGUGUGUGCACAUGUAUUUUAGUGUUAGUCGCAGCAAUGAGCUGCCGCCGAAGGUAUGUUAUACUGUGUAAAAAAAUUUCCCUCUUUGAGCCUCAGCUGGGAUUGUGGUAACUUGGUGUGUGUUACUUACAAAAAUGCUCCCGGGAUUUUGAUUUCUCUUACUUUCCCCUAAAGGUUCCUUGGUCGCAGAACUAGAAAGUAAUUCCUGGCUGUGUGACUAGGUUGGCUGUAAAAACAUAGCAGGGUUUGAAACCCGUUGGUACCCCAAAAAACCCCUGUCCAUUUUGCUUUUUCCAGGUUAAUUUGGCAAGCAAGAUCACCUCAUUGAAGGACUCUGUGGACUCCAAGGAGGAUGACACUGCUGUGGCAUGGGUAAAUUAGAUAAAUAGAUAAAACUCGGAGCCCUUUCCCAUGGGAGCAGCUGUUUGUAUUCAUGUUGCUCCGAUGCAUUCCGGUCACUUAAUAUGUUAUGCUCGAGCACCUGCUUAAGAACGCCUUGUAUGUGGUUUCUUAAAAAGGUAAAGGGACUCCUGACCAUUAAGUCCAGUGGUGACCGACUCUGGGGUUGCGGCGCUCAUCUCGCUUUAUUGGCCGAGGAAGCCGGUGUAUAGCUUUCGGGUCAUGUGGCCAGCAUGACUAAGCCGCUUCUGGCGAACCAGAGCAGCGCAUGGAAACGCCGUUUACCUUCCGCCGGAGCGGUACCUAUUUAUCUACUUGCACUUUGACGUGCUUUUGAACUGCUAAGUUGGCAGGAGCUGGGACCGAGCAACAGGAGCUCACCCUGUCGUGGGGAUUCGAACCGCCGACCUUCUGAUUGGCGAGUCCUAGGCUCUGUGGUUUAACCCACAGCACCACCCGCGUCUCGUAAAUCUUUAUAGUCUGGCAGCUUCUGUUGUUUGAGUUCUUGGUUCUCAAACUUAAUCUGUUCUGGAAGUCCGUUCCAAAACCAAGAUGUGCUCUCCCAUAGAAAGUAAUGCAAAAUGGAUUAAUCUGUUCCAGACUUUUAAAAACAUCCCCUAAAACAGCACUUUAACAUGAAUUUUACUAUCUAACGAGACUAUUGAUCCAUAAAAUGCAAGCAAUAAUCAGUGUACUGUACUAUAAAAUAAAUAAGACAGUAUUGUAGAUGAUAAAAAAUAAAUAAUUUUUUUCUUACCUGCACUGAUGAUAGUCAUUGUUUAGAUGGGGGGCUUUUAUUCAUUUCUGCAGUCACACAAUCAAUCAGUAGCUGAACUGGGUUCCACACAAUCAUAAAAAAAAUUAACUGAAAAAGCCUCAAAAGCAAAAACACAAAAUAAAUAGCAAAAACAAAAGUGCCAGACUUGAUCCGUUCCGGGAGUCUGUUCGACUUCCGAAAUGUUCAAAAACAAAGGCGUGGCUUCAGAUUGGCUGCAGGAGCUUCCUGCACUUAAACGAAAGCUGCACCGGAUGUUCAGCUUCUGAAAAACAUUUGAAAACUGGAACACUUCCGGGUUUUCAGUGUUUGAGAACCAAGGCGUUUGAGAACCAAGGUACCACUGUACUCUACAACAGAAAGUGUUCAAUUGGAGCAGUGUUUCCCAAACUUGGGUCUCCAGCUGUUGCCUGGACUACAACUCCUAUCAUUCAUAUGUAGCUCAAUCAAUGGUCAGGGAUGAUGGGAAUUGUAGCCCCAAAGCAGCUGGAGAACCAAGUUUGGGAAACCCUGAAUCAGAUCAUACAUUCUGCCCCCUUCCCCAUGUAAGAUAGGUUGUGAGGAUUAUUUGUCAGAUCUAAUUCUGUGUAAGUUUUUUUAAAAAAAGGUGUUUGCUGCAUUACAUCUCUAGACUGCAAGCAGCGGUUCUAGGAGGGCACCACAGUAAAGAUAUGGAGGACGUGUUAUGGAGAAGGUCUUCUAUUUCCUCUUCCCAUUUUUAUGAGGUGCUCAAAGGCAUAUCUCCUGGCUACGGCUUUGAAUGUUUGUAAAAUGGGGUAUAUUUUUAUAUGCAUGCUGCCUAAUUUGCCAGUAGCAGCAGACUUGCUAAACCCAAGUAUGCAAUGGUCAUUUUUCCGGCUUAAUAUCUUUUUGUAGGUUUUUUUCCUCCCUAAACUUUAGCCUACUCCUGAAUUGGUUCCUAGAAUAUAGUCAGAACGCCUGUUGAUACCGGCAUGUGGGGAGCGGUGGGUUUGGGAUCCUGCCAUCUUUCCCACUUUUUCCUUGUCCUCACCUGCCCUCUCGAUGGUUGGUAGCUUUGGUGGGGUGGAAGUGGAACGCAGGGAGGCGAGAUGACUUUUUCCUUCUCUCGCAGGAAACCAUUGCUGUGCGGCUCUUUAAGGAUGAGAUAGCAGCAUCGGCAAAGAAGGUGGCAGCUGUUCCUGUGAUCACCCCAGAAAUGGGAAAACUCCAGGUAAGCAUCCUUUGUUAAUUUUUCUCCCAGGUAGAAACUGGCUCCUAGCGCAUAACUCGGCUAUUCCUUUAAACAGGCCCUGCUUGCAAAUUCUGAUAACGAAAAGGAUGGGGUGGUUACUUUUAACACCAUUCUCUUUUGUGGUUUUCUGAAACAUUUCAAACUUCUGAAUUUUCUUUGAUUGUGAGGUUGAGUUUACUGCAGAGAGGCAGUUGGAGAAAGAUGGAAAAUAAACUUUUUUCAAAGAAAUCAAAGGAUGAAGUUCUAAUUCUGCCUUUACCUGUAGUACUGGCAAGGUUGGUGUAGGUGGUGAAGCUGAGAGCAUUGCAGAGGGAAAAGCAGGCAGCUGUUGGAUCAGAAUAGUCUGCUGUAAAGGAAGCACCGUGUUCUACGAGGGCCUUUUGGCGGUUCCCUCCCUGCGAGAAGUGAGGUUACAGGGGACCAGGCAGAGGGCCUUCUCGGUAGUGGCACCCGCCCUGUGGAAUACCCUCCCAUCAGAUGUCAAAGAAAUGAACAACUGUCGAUGACUUUUAGAAGACAUCUGAUGUCAAGGAAAUAAACAACUAUCUGACUUUUAGAAGACAUCUGAAGGCAUCCCUGUUUUGGGAAGUUUUUUAUGUUUGAUGUUUUAUCAUGUUUUUAAUAUUCGGUUGGGGGCCGCUCAGAGUAUCUGGGGAAAUCCAGCCAGAUGGGUGGGGUAUAAAUAAUAAAUAAUUAUUAUUAUUACUGCAAGAGCUUGGAAUAAUUGGAAACAGCAUCCAGUUCUGCACAAAUUGUGCUUUCAUACAUUUCUUGGGGGGGGGGAUUAUUUAGCUUUCAUGGCUGCAGGGGAACAUCUCAGUCCCUGCUGACCCCUGGGUAGCUUGGCAUUCUGGGAGGUCUGGUUUACUUUCUGCCUGGGACUCGUGGGGUACGGUGUCCCACCAUAGACAAGAUGUAGCCUAUCGGGCGGCUGAGCUAGAGUUACCUGCCCCAUUUCAGCCCUUGUCCUCCUCUUCCCCCAGCGCAUCAAGCUCCUUGCUCAGCUCUUGCAACAGGAGGUGAAUGACGGCAUCAAUCACGACAUUGCCCCCGCGCUGGGGGAAUUGCACAAACUGUUGUCGGAUCACUGCUCGCCUGCCCAGGAGGCUCCCAAGCCUGGUCUCCUCACUACCCCUGUGCCGCCUCGCGGACCACACCUCUGCAAGCUGGCGCCAGGGUCUGUUGCUAUGGCACCUGAACCUGGCACAACACAUGCCACCACCUCCAGCCAGCAACCUGUUUGCCCCACCCCUCGGAUGCCUUCGGUCCAGCUCCCGGCAUCCAGCGGCAGUGGUACCUCCAUGCCUUUGCUCGGGCUCAUGUCGUCCUGUGGAAAUAGUGCAGGUAAGACCUGAUAGAUUAACUUGAUUCUCAUGUUAAUUUUUUUUUAAGGCAAGUGAUAAUAAUAUCCUUUUACAGUGGAACCUCAGUUCCCGAAUGUCUCCAUUGUCGUACGUUUUGGCUCCCGAACCCGAAAACCCGGAAGUAACUGUUCCGGUUUUUGAACAAUUUCCGGAACCCGAACAUGCUAUGCAGCUUCCGUUUUGAGUUUCCCUAUUGUAUUGAGGCUUCCGCUUUCAGUUUUUGGUUUUCAAACGUUUUGGAAGUUGAACAGUCUUCCGGAACGGAUUACUUUCGAAAACCGAGGUUCCCCUGUAUGACAAACUGGUGUGGUAGGAAUCCUAUCUGAAAUACAGUGGUGCCUCGCAAGACGAAAUUAAUCCGUUCCGCAAGUAUCUUCGUCUAGCGGUUUUUUCGUCUUGCGAAGCACGGCUAAUAGUGGCUUAGCGGCUUAGCGGCUAUUAAUGGCUUAGCGGCUUUAAGAAAAAGGAAACAAACUCGCAAGAACUCGCAAGAUGUUUCGUCUUGCGAAGCAAGCCCAUAGGGAAAUUCGUCCUGUGAAGCGCAUUGAAAACGGAAAACCCUUUCGUCUAGCGGGUUUUCCGUCUUGCGAGGCAUUCGUCUUGCGGGGCACCACUGUAAUAACAUUAAUUUAAAUGUCCUGCUUUUCCACUUGGCUCUCAUUGUGUGUCUUCCCUGUCCUUCAGGUGUUAAGAACUAUUUGGCCAUAGUCCAUAAAUAUUUGCUGCUAGGACACUUUAAAAAGUGUUAUAGUAAUAAUUGCAAUUAAUCAUUGAUUACAAAAUAGUCCAUAUCUUAAUGUUUGACUUUUUUUGUGUUUUUAAUAUUCUGUUGGGAGCUGUCCAGAGUGGCUGGGGAAACCCUGCCAGAUGGGCAGGGUAUGUAUGUAUGUAUGUAUGCAUGCAUGUAUGAAUAUAUAUGUAUAUUAUUAUUUGUUAUAUCUUUGCCAUUGCUGUCUUUUCCCCAGUAGACCAAGUCAAGCAGCGCUUGGAUGACCUCCUUAGUGCACCUAUGCGCUUCCACGAGGCACGCCUAAAUGAUGAAUGUGCCUUCUACACCGCCCGCCUCGCCACUGUCACGCAGCCCUCGGCGCAGCGAUGCAAAGAGCCUGUGGCCAAAAUGCUGGAGGUCCAGGAUGCCAUGGUAAGCAUCUCAGUGUGCUUCAGCUUGAUGAAGCAAAGAGCUGUGUGCUGUCUUCCAGUCCCCUUCAGCAAGGGGUAAACGAGGUUGCUUUUGAACCAAGCAGUUUGCCCAACCUUCUGCUGCACAUAGGCACGAAACCUUGGCUGUUCCUCGGUUUCCGAAUGGUGCCACCGCACGAUGGAAGCACUGCUUCUCACUAGACAGAAUUGUUUGGAAGACUGCAGCUUGCCAAUGGGCUACACGCCGUGCCAUAGCAAGCUGCCCCGUGCAAAACAGUCCUUUGCCUUUAGUCGGAGCAAUUGGUAGCAUUCCCAGUACUCGAAAUAUGUUCCGUGAAGAGCUUAAGUGUCCUAUAGCUCCGUGAACAGACUGGAGGUCUCCAGAGCCCGGCUGGGAAACCUAGCCAGAUGGGUGGGGUAUAAAUAAAAGUAAAAAAGUAAAGGACCCCAGACAGUUAAGUCCAGUCGCAAAUGACUCUGGAGUUGCAGCGCUCAUCUUGCUUUACUGGCCGAGGGAGCCAAUGUUUGUCCGCAGACAGUUUUUCCGGGUCAUGUGACCAGCAUGACCAAGCUGCUUCUGGCGAAACCAGAGCAGCGCAUGGAAACAUCGUUUACCUUCCCGCCGGACUUUCACUUUGACAUACUUUCGAACUUCUAGGUUGGAAGGAGCUGGGACCGAGCAACAGGAGCUCACCCCAUUACGGGGAUUCGAACCACCAACCUUCCGAUCUGCAAGCCCAAGGCUCAGUGGUUUACACCACAGCGCCACCCGUGUCCCAGCAUAAAUAGUAAAAAAUUAUAAAUUAUUAUUAUUAUUUAUUAUGAAUGGUGACUCCUCGCCAUUCUUUUAUUCACACGUAAGAGGCUGUAAGCGGGACACGGGUGGCGCUGUGGGUUAAACCACAGAGCCUAGGGCUUGCUGAUCAGAAGGUCAGCGGUUCGAAUCCCCGUGACAGGGUGAGCUCCCGUUGCUCGGUCCCUGCUCCUGCCAACCUAGCAGUUCAAAAGCACGUCAAAGUGCAAGUAGAUAAAUAGGUACCACUCCGGCGGGAAGGUAAAUGGCGUUUCCGUGCGCUGCUCUGGUUUGCCAGAAGCAGCUUAGUCGUGCUGGCCACAUGACCCGGAAGCUGUACACUGGCUCCCUCGGCCAAUAAAGCGAGAUGAGCGCCGCAACCCCAGAGUCGGCCAUGACUGGACCUAAUGGUCAGGGGUCCCUUUACCUUUUAAGAGGCUGUAUUUCCAGCUGCGACAGCACAAGAAGGCGAACUUCACCUGACGUCUUUUGCAGGGAAUUGGUGGUGCAGAGAUGUUUGCACCUGUCUUUUCACCCUUGAGGUUGGGCAGAGGACAGCAUUUAACAAGUCUCUGCGAUGUGGAGUCUUCCGCUCUGUGAACCCAUGCCCAUUAAUUGAGUGGUGGGAUGUGAUCGACUGUUUUGCAUUUCUUUCCCAAAGGAGCAGCAGCCUUUGAGUAGCUUUUCAAUAUAUUCCCCCUUGGUGCUCACGUAGUCCAUUCCUUGGGUGCGAAUUUACUGUUGGGUGUGUGUAUGUGUUGCAUGCCACAUAUACAGUUGCACAAUUUGAAGAACCUGUUUCUGGUCAGAUGUAGACACCUACCAAUAGCUUCCCUUUGACCGAAACAUGUUCUCUUCAAAGCACUUUUGUAUGCAUAGCACAUUUAAUUCCAAACCACCUCUUGGCAUGGGAAAGGCAUGGCCAAAGCUGCUCUGUGGCAACGCAAAAUCAAUGCACUGAUGCAUAUAUUUUUUAGAGGAGCUCAUGGCAUGAACUCAGAAUUAGCCCCAUCAUGCCAGUAAUCCACUAGAACUUCCAAGUGCUGGUUUUGACCUAUAAAGCCUUAAAUGACUCAGGGCUGCAAUACCUCAAGGACCGCCUCUUUCCGUAAGAACCUACCCGGAUCCUGAGAUCAUAUUCUGAGGCCCUCCUUCGUGUGGCCUUCUCCUUGAGAGAUCCGGAGGGUGGCAACAUGAGAACGGGCCUUCUCUGCAGUGGCUCCCUGUCUAUGGAAUGCUCUCCCCAGGGAAGUUCUCCUGGCGCCUUCAUUACACACCUUUAGUCGUCAGGCAAAAUCGUUUCUUUUUAACCAGGCCUUUGGUUGAUCAUAUUGACAUCCAACACCCUUUAAGAAUGUGGCUUUUUUGGGGGGGUGUUAUUGAGUUACUGCUUAUGGUUUGAUUUUAUAUGUUGUAGUCUUGUUGUGAACCAUCCUGGGACCUCUGGGUUUAGUUGUAUAAGUUGAAUUAAUAAUAAUAAUAAAUUUAAAUGCUGGAGCUGGCAUUGUGGGUCAGAGCUCUGUGACUUUUCAUUCUCCUUUGGAUCCUGAGCUCAGGUUGAGAGCCUAAACCCUUAAGUUUUACUUGAGAUGUAACAUUUAAAAGUUGGCCACCCUCCUCCAGUCUGUUCUGGGUCAAAUGUGCAGAGAAACAUAUAUUUUUUCCUGGUUAGCCCAUGCGUGUCUCAUUGCAUAACACUUCUUGCUCAUGUUUUUAUCCACCAGCACUUUAUACCUAUCUCUGCAACCCCAUCCCGACCCAUGGAAGCAGAAAGGGUUUUGCCCUCGUGAAGGUCUGGGCUAUGCUGCCUGCUUGCCAGACCCACGGAUACAGAGACAGCGUGGUGAAGUUCCUUAGAACCAGCGUACGGUGUUCUGUUGUCUUCUGAACUUUAGAAGAUCCACCUCCAGCUGCUACCUUUCAAGCUCACUCCCUGACCACCCACGAAUCUUGUUGGGACUCUGAAUCUCAGUGGGUUUGCCUGGGAGGACCAGGAGCCGAAAUCUCCCCUCCUUUUCCGAGAGCGUCUAGUGCAUGGCAGAAAAGAUGGGGCUGGUGGUGCUGUGAAAGGGGAAAGCUGACCUGCAGUCCAGCUUUCACUGAACUGCAAAGCAUUGGCGCAAAAGGCAGUACGCUAAUAUGGUAUGCAAGAAACAUACCUUUUGUGGGAAGAAAGGAGAAAAAUUGAAAAUGUUUCCUAAUUGCUUUAAAUUGCUAUUUUUGCAAGCAAGAGCACAACUCUCCCCCAAGGGUGAGCAGGAUUAUUCCAGUGAGCAAGACUUUGUCAUGAGCUGCCUCAAUUUGUCAAUUUUUGUGAGUGGGUGUUUUACGUUCUUUGUAUGUAAACGCCUGUAACAGUUUUGGGAAAUAGUUGGCAGAGAGGGGCUUUAUAUAAUUUCUGACCACAGAUGGUGGGUUAGGGUGCGGUUCGAAAGAUGGGUUUGGUGUCAAGCUCUGACUGUGAUUGGGUUAGGGACAUCUUCCAGUGUCCUUGGGUUUAGAACACUUAAUGGACUGAAUUUCUUUUUCUUUUUUUAAAAGCAGCGGUGCUUCUAAGUUAAAAGUUCUUAAACUGUAAGUUCCUUGGGAUGUCCUUUUUGGACAAAAAGGUGACUCAUAAACAACUAUGUAAAUAAACGAUGAUGUCAAUAAAUACUUUUUAAAAAGGG